AUGGAACAGGAAAUAUUAUAUUUAGUUAAUAAACAACUUCAACAAGCAUUUUCAAAUGCAUUGACUUGUUUAACACAAACAUCUUCGUUAGAUCGAUCAUUACAAUCUAAUAUUUUAGUACGUUGUCGAUCAUUAAGUAAUCAUCGAAAAGUAUCAUCUCAUAAUACAAAUUCACAUUGUUCAUUACCGAUAACAACAAAGGAUUUUAUUUAUUAUGAAACAAUACCAAAUAUAAAUCGUAGUAGAUCAAACAAAACAGUUAAUGUGCAAUAUUCAUUCAGCCUUAAUCAACCGCUAUUAACGAAACUCAAUGAACAACAACAAAAUCUCAUUAAUAUACAAAGUUAUGUCGAUGAAUUAAUUCACCAUUCUAUGCGAACUGUUUUAUUACAGAUCAAUAAUCAAGUAUCCAUGAAUGAAGAUGAUACAUCGUAUUCAGCUGAAACUUUUGAAGUGAUUGAUUCAUAUAUAGAUGAAUUUAUUCAUUUCAUUAUUGAACAAACAAUUGAACUUAUUACAUCUUCCGAUAUCGAACAUAUAUCAAAUCAAAUUGUAGAAAAUAUUAUUAACAGUGCAUUGUCAACUAUAGCUAAUGAUAAUGAAAAUAAUUAUAGAAAAAUAAACGAAAAUUCAUUACCAUUAGAAGACAAUAAACAAUCGAUUGAUUAUUUUCUGAAUGAUAUUGCUCAACGAAUUUAUACCGAUUCAUUCAAUCAAUUAAAACAGUAA